AUGGUCCACUCUCGUACCGUGUACACUGCGCUCUUCGCUAUUGCCGGAAGUGCUUCCUCCGUCCUAGCCUUUCCUAUUUCCUCGUCUUCAUCCAGUUCUGCUCCUACCAGUUCUACAUUGGCUGCUAUUGCUACUGCUACUACGAGUGGCAUUGGUAUCGCACCAGCCUUUACCUCUGGCCUCGUAGUUCCUUCUGGGUCUGUUCCUAAUUACCGGCGUUCUGAAGCUGUCGAUGUUUUCGUUGACGACGUGAACGACAAGUUCGAAGAUGAAGAAGAGGAUGAGGAGAAUAAGCUUGACCUCGCUCUUAUCCCGGUCCCGGUCCCCAUUCUAUUUCCAGCUCAUGAAGAACACCAUGUGAUGGAUGCGAUGAUACCGAAACACCUAGACCCCAGUGGAUCUGAUAUUAAGUCCGAUGAAGAGGAAGUUACGCUAGGAAUCAACAUCGGGGCUCGCACCCCAAUUGAAGAGGAUGAAGAGCCUCUGAUUCCUAAGACGCCCUCAGCUCUUGACAGCUCUUUAGCAAGUGACCCCACUCAACCAACUUCACUACGAAAAAAGUUGGGGAAUGGCUUGAAAACAAGUGUAAGCAAUGUGUUGAGUGGGUUCACAGCUGGUCAUGGCACUCCUGGAGCCCCAUCAGUGAAACCCGGUAAUCCGUCGAGUGCUACUAAUUAG